UUUACAGGGUUAUCUCCCAUUUACCUACACAUGUGAAAAUGGCAAAAGUUGAACAAUCAAGAUUUGCUCUUUUAAAAAUUGAGGAUGAUGAUGAUGACGAUAAUGCUAAACCCACAAACAAUGCUAACAAAUCAAAUAACCAGAGCACAAACAAAAAGAAUAAGAAAAAGAAGAAAAAGGCAGAACAACAGCAAGAAAACGACGAGCUCAAACACUUAGCAUUUGCUAAACCAGGAUCUAACAAACAAAGAAAUAAACAGAACGGUCACACUGAAGUAUCUGAUGACCAGUGGAAGGACUGGAAGAAAGCUGACAAAAAUUAUGCAGCCGAAUCAUAUGAAAAAGAUCUGGAACAAGCUUUACUUCAGAGUAAAGUGGAGUUUGAACAAAAGAAAGAGGUCACAAAGUCAUUUAAAGAUGCUGGCAUAAACAUAGAUGAAGAAAGCACAAAGGAAAAGAAGAAGAAAAAGAAGGACAAGCCGCAGACAAUGAGUUUAGAAGAAUUCAACACAGGAGGGAAAAUGUCACAUUCAGAUGAAUUCAUAUCAGGACACCCAUCCAGUAAACCAGAAACACCUGUUACAGAGGCAGACCCUAAAUUCUUCAGUCAUGUGGAAGGAGAUGUGGAAAGAAUUCUUAGAAAAGAAAAAAUGCAAGAAGAAUAUCAAAAACAAUAUGCAGCAGAAAAAGUUAUGACAGCUAAGCAUAGUUCAGAAACAGCCAAAAAAGAUAAAGAAAUUGAAUUUCUAAAAGCUACAGUUAAAAAAUUGGAGGAAGAAUUUAAACAAGUCAAGAAAAGAAAUAAACAACUGUGUGUUAUAUUAGCUCAGGGUGAAAUGAAAGAAAAGGCAGAAGUAUUAAUGCAGGUGCAACAAUUAUCAGAAGUUAAAGAUGAGCUCACACAACAGGUCCAAGAAUUAACAGGAGAAUUAGAAAAAGAGAGAUCAAAAGUACAUUCGAUGAAGACAGAAUUGGAUAAAAUAAAAGGACAUGGAACCAAGCAUAGUGGAAAGUAAAAUACAGAUUUGUGAUAUGGGCAUUGAUAAGAAAAGAUAAUGACUUUAUACCUCAUUCUGACAUAGAACAGGCAGGUAGCACAUGUACUUAUAGUGACUGACAAUAGUGGUGAUAUUAUAUGUUAAAAAGAAUAAGGAUAUGACUGGGACUAAUUGGUGCAUGUUAUAAUGGCUUUUGUUGGACAACCAAGAAUCUCUGCCUUAUUAAGAGACUUUUACAGAAUGAACAAAAUUGUCAUUUGCUGAUGUUCAUUUUAAGAAUGAAAAGUGCUAAAACGUUUCUUUAUUUUCCUAACAGUAAUGAAUGGAUUUUUUUUUGUUCAUGUAAAAACUUUCAAGAAUAUUUUAUUUUGUAUGUUUACACUACAGUUUAAUGUUAACAUUCUGUGUAAUUUACUAAACAUCAGUUAUCUAUUUAUGAACAAUGUUUUUAUUAAUCAUGACAUUAUUUUUUUUUAUUUUUUUUUUGAGAAAGCCACUGUUCUGUUUAUUGAAAUGUAAAUUACAGUUAUGGGUGUUCAAAAUUUUUUUGCAUAACCAUUUUGAGCAAAUGAAAUGGCACUAAAAAUACAUUAUCUAGAGGAAGUCCUAGAUAUACAUAUAUAAUGUUAAUUUAGGACUUUUGUAAAGUAUUUCUAAGUAUAAGAUAAACAUGACAAACAGAAAAUCACAAUUAUUAAUAAUUCAAACUCACAAUUAACUUUUAGAAAGGACGAUUAGUAUAAAAAUAUUCCUGAUACCAUUUUAAUUAACCUUGCAUGUUUGUACAUUGUUUAACAAUCCCAGGAAUAAAUAACAAUAAUAUUUUCAAACAACAGUUUUAAAAUUAUUAUUGUUUUCUAAAACUGAUUAAUAUUUUCCUUUAUUGAGGUCAAUAUUUGAUGUAAAAAUUUUAAGUUUCUGCAUAUACAUGUAUAACACAUUCACUUCAAAUUUUUGAGGUAUAUAUUGAUAAAUAUAAAUGUUGGAUUACUCUUUAAGUUUUUCGUGAGGUAAAGUGGGUAAAGCAUUCAUUAAUGGCUUGUCUAUCUGUAAAGAGUGUAUUUUUUGUUGGGUUGUCUAGAUGCUGUCUCAAUGAUGUUAAUCAAACAUCUCUUUACAUUUGAAUUUUGAUUUAAAAGAUAACUAAUUGUAAGAGAAUAUUCUGUGCUGUUAACAUUUUAUUCAUACAUGUACAUUUUUUUUGAGAAUAUACAUGUUAAUUUGUAUGGAGAAUAGCCAUGCAAUAGUUAUAUGCAUUAUAAAUUGAACAAUU